GCGGCGGCGGCGGCCGGGAUGCCGGGCGAGGGCGAGGGCGGCGGCUGGAGCGUGUCGUUCGCCGGCUGCGGGUUCCUGGGCGUCUACCACGUCGGCGCCGCCAGCUGCCUGCAGGAGAGGGCCCCGCACCUCAUCCGCGACGCCCGCCAGGUGUGCGGGGCCUCGGCCGGAGCCCUGACCGGAGCCGUCCUCGUCGGAGGCGGGUCGCUGGCUGAAGCUUGUGCAGAUGUUCUGGGUCUAGCCAGAGAAGCAAGAAAGCGAAAUCUUGGCCCUCUUCAUCCUUCCUUUAACGUGAUGAAGAUUAUAAGGGAUGGACUUUGCAAAAAUCUUCCUGAAAACACUCAUCAGUUGAUAUCAGGGAAACUUUCCAUUUCACUUACCAGAGUGUCUGAUGGCAAAAAUGUGAUGGUAUCCAACUUUAAUUCCAAAGAAGAAGUCAUACAGGCUUUGCUUUGUAGUUCAUUUGUGCCUAUAUAUUGUGGCCUCAUCCCACCUUCGUUUAGAGGGGUGCGCUACGUCGAUGGUGGAAUAAGUGACAACUUACCUCAGUAUGACUCAAAAAACACCAUCACAAUUUCACCUUUUGCUGGGGAGUGUGACAUUUGUCCCAAGGGCAAUUCUGCAAACUUCCAUGAAAUGAAUUUCACCAACACCAGCAUUCAGUUUAGCCUAGGGAACAUCUACCGUUUAACUCAAGCACUUUUUCCUCCAGAACCCAAGGUGCUAGGAGAGAUCUGUGAACAAGGCUAUUCGGAUGCUCUUAGAUUUUUGAAAGAAAAUGGUAUACUGUAUGAUUCAGUUUUAGUUGACUUGGCCUUAACAAACGAAAACCAUCAGGAAUGUGUUCAGACCCCAGAUUAUGCUGAUAAAAAAACAGUUGCAGCAAAUGAAGCAAAAAAAGAGAUUCAAGAUGAAGAAAUGCUUAUUGAUGAGCUGCAAUUAGCUGCCUGGCCAUUGGAUGGAACCAUUUUUGAGAAUCUACCUCCUAGACUCCGUAAAGCUUUGCAGGAGGCUUGUAAAGAGAAAUGUGGACUCUAUGCUCAGCUUUCUAAAUUUCUACCAAUGCGACUGAUGUCCUAUGUGAUGCUGCCGUAUACUCUGCCAGUUGAGUCAGCAUAUUUUGUGGCCUUAAGAUUAGUAGACUGGUUUCCUGAUAUCCCUGAUGAUGUGCGAUGGAUGCAAGGUCAGCUCUGUCAAGUUGUGGGCACAGUAUAUUCCAAAGCAAGAAAAAGAUUACUGAGUAUUCCCAGCAAGGAAAACAGUGCACUGAUUAGAAAGUGUCAGAGUGCCCCCCUGAACACAAGUCUUCACUCUUUUUACUGCCCUCCUAAAAUGCCUCAUUCUUCCACACACCUGGAAGAGUGGCUUUUGGAUCUUCCAUACUGUGAGGACUUGGUUAAGAAAGAAGCUGCAGUGGGUAUAAACGAAAGCUUGGACUCCAUGCCUCCCUUUUUUAUGAGCUCUGAAGAAUCGGGAGUGGAAGUGGAUUUUGACUCCUGCUCUGAGAAGAGUUUCCAGACUGCCUCUGAGGACUAGCUUAAGAACUGUGGCAUAGACAAAGAAAUCUCAGUCUUGGAGGCAUCAGUUUAUCUAGCAGAUUGCCAAACAGUCUUUUGGAAGACUGGCUUACACUAGAUGACAAAAUGCCUUUGAGGAAUCUUUUGUGGAAAGAGAAAUGUGCUGUUCUGGUCCGGCUUCCUGAUAAUGACUAAAGGAUUAAGAAGACCCUAGUGCAAUAGAACAUGGUUUACCCAAACAAGAUUUUCGGCAGGAAAAGAAGUGAUUCAAGUCUUCUGAUUUCUAUUGGGACAAAGCAUUUUUAGCAAAACCACUUCGUUUUAAAGUAUUUAACUUUUAUAAUAGUCUUUUCCUUGUUUGUCUUCAUAUGUGGCGUUAGCACUUGAGCAAAAUCAAACAGUGUGUAUUCAGAUGACUAUGGCAUAUAGGAAUUUUUUGGAAGGCCUCUGAAGUUUUACUUGCCUUAUGCAUGAUACUUGUUGGAAUUGUUAACAUCAGUUACACUCCUUAUCGUAAGGCUUCAUUGUUUUUCAGAAAGAUAGUACUUAGGAGGCAUUGUGUGUUCUAACAAGUGUGGUCCCCCCCCUCGCCGAGUGAUUCUUUCUCCCUCAUUGGCUUGGAGAAGCCACAGAUGUAGUUCAGAAUUUAGUGCAAUGCACAUGUGCCACUCCAUACCAGAGAAUCCUUAUGGGCUGAAUUCAAUCCCAAUAAACAAUACUUUUAACAAUGUUUUACUGAAGGCAUCUAAUUGUAGACCAUUUUCUCUUAGAGCAGGAAGUAUGGUGUGGAUCAAUGGAAGUAUCAGCUGCAGAUGCCAUCAAGACAUGGGCUGAAUGAUUUACCUAUCCAAAUAGCCGAGACGUUACAGUGUGAUUUGUAAUUAAUGGAGUUUAAAAGCUUCUUAUUAUUUCUUGUAAUCAAGCAGCACUGGAAGCUUUUGAAAACAGAUUAAAAUCUGAAAAAUGAACUGUAUUCCCUGAAGUAAUCACAGAAAUCAUUCUAUUCUCCGUUGCACUAAAUUCAAACCAUUUUAGCCCAGUCUUUACUAACAAAAAAUGUGCCAAUAUGUUUUUUCAGUUUUAUUAUAGGUUAGGUCUUAAGUUGCCUAACACGUGAGAGCUGACAGUAGUGCUGAAUCAUGAAUAAGCUACUUUUCAAAUUCUUUUAAUUUUAGAAGUACAUUUGUUAAGAUAAAUAGCCUCUCUGAAAUCUGGAUACCAUAUUUGAUAGUGAUGCUUUGAGUAUUCCUUGCCCACCAUUAUUCAUCACUUUAAAGUGACAAGGAUACUUAAGUAUGGCACAGGAUUUACACUGCAUUCUCCAAAAUGGUAAAUGAUUCAGAAAUGCUGGUCCCAUAGGCUGCUGAUCACCCUCCCCUGGCAUGGCACUUGGAGGACUGGUCUGCAGUGAUGCUGUCUUAGCAUAAUGGCCUAAGAGUCAAUCAAAUAGAUUUUGGCUUGGGAAUCUAGGUUAGGAAUGAGGUGGAUUAUAUUUUGACAAAAUCAAAGCCUUCAUAAGAAUGGGAAGUCUUGUGUAUUUAUUUUAAUUAUUGACUAUGGGCAAGUUUAAUUUUGACCAAGCGUUUAGCAGUCUUUCAGCUAUGACUUUAUACAGUGAAAACUGAAGGAAGUGCUGUUUUUAGAAAAACAACGAAGCUACAUUUUAAAUUUUUAACAUUACAAAAACUUUCUUAUUUAUAUCCUUGCUGGUGCUAUUUCAUUCAAGAUAUAGACAUAAAUGAGUUAUUUUGUGUGAUCACUGAUUGUAUGCUUUAUUUUAAAAAUCUUGAUUGCAUUUCCAAAAUGGGCCAGAAUAUUGUUCCAAUCACUAAUGUUUAUAUAAAGCAGCAAAAUAAAGAGACAAAAAUGUUU